UAGUCAGUUGGCUGCGGAAAGUGUUUAGAAAAUGUUGAGCGUUUCAUUGCUUGUGCUCCUUUGUGUGGCCUUUGGUCUGCCUGGUCAAAGUUUGGCCCAAAUCAAUGCAACCAGCGUAGAUGACGCAGUUCUUAAAGUACAGGAGCUGGCCAAUAUAGUGCGAUUCACGGCUAAAAAACAAUUUCCCCCAACUGCCGAUGCCCAGGCUGAAGUUGACAAUCUGCUCGAUACAAUGGAUCAAGCUCUGAAUCAUUGUGCCACAGAGCUGAGGCAAACCAAUUCAUUUGAAAAGUAUGAAACUUGCACAGUUUCGGUGGUUGCUGGAGCCAGACAAGCCCUAGAUGAGGAGGCUGGAAUGCAAUGGGCCAUUUAUGGAGCUACUUCGGGGGCCUCCCGAAUGGGUCUAUUUCUGUGGUCAGAGUCGAAAACUUUUCUUUUGAAUCUCAUUAAAAUGAUCUAUUAAUUGUAAUUAUAUCUUUGUAUCCUGGAAUUUCUUGUCAUUCCUAAUCAUUUUCGUCUUACGUCUUAAUAUUAUUCUACUAUUUAGAUCAUCUAAAAUUGUCAUAAAAUUCCAAAAGUGAAGAACAACAAAGAGUAGAGUAAAAAAAACAAAAAACGCCGAGUAAUUUCUUUAAUCCUUGAUAACAGAUCCCUAGAAACUGGAACAGAGCGUUAAAGUUUAUCGUAGCGAGAGAAGUUGGCCAGAUAAAUGCUGAUAUCUAGCUUUACCUAUUGCUCUUUCAUUAUCAUCAUUUGGGCCAUCACAGCUGUUUACUCGCAAUGGGGCAAUCUGGCCUCAGAGGUGGCCUCGGAGUUUGACAAAGUCGACGAGAGGCUUCUAGCACUUGCCAAGGGUCAGCUAAACAACGCAGAUGUUAUACUUAAUGGUUACUACAAUGACACUUUGUCUGAUAGCGGCAGGACGAAGUGUCUUCCUUUAAUUGAAAAGGCCAAAAGUGUGUCUUUAGAUUGUGUGCGUGAGCUGUAUACAACUGGCAAUGGAACUGAGCUAAAGGAAUGCAUUUCUGGUAUAGUGACAACAGAACUAAUGGCCAUGAUAGACAUUAAUGCGGAGGAGAGAUCCCAGCGGAAUGGAGCUGUCAGAUUGGAUUCAAUACUUGGCAGGAUCAAAAGUAUUUGGUUAAACUUGGCUUGAUCUUUUACCAGUGAUUUGAUUUAAUGAAUUAAAUUUUUAUUACACACUUUGUGGUUAAUAAAUUACUCAUACGACAUGUG